AUGUGCAAAGGGUGCCUCUGGCCCUGGGGCAGUCUGGAGCAGUAUAAAAGGCAGUCCAACUGCAGACUCCUCAUCCACUUCUCUUGCCUUCUCCUUUCAGGCUGUCAGGUACACCUCUGUCCCACAGCCAUGUCCUGCUACGAUCUGUGCCGUCCCUGUGGCCCAACCCCACUGGCCAACAGCUGCAACGAGCCCUGUGUCAGGCAGUGCCAGGACUCCCGGGUGGUGAUCCAGCCCUCUCCCGUGAUCGUCACCCUGCCUGGACCCAUCCUCAGCUCCUUCCCCCAGAACACCGCUGUGGGAUCUUCAGCAUCUGCUGCAGUUGGCAGCAUCCUCAGUGAGGAUGGAGUGCCCAUCAACUCCGGGGGCUUUGGCCUCUCUGGGCUUGGUGGUCGCUACUACUCUGGCAGGAGGUGCCUGCCCUGCUAA